CGAUAUCGCCAUAAUACGCUUGACGCGUCUUUCUUCUACGAAUUCCGACAUUGAAAUUCCGCAGCAGCCCUUCAGACUCGGUUCGAUACCGAAUCUUCAACAUGCCUCCUUGGAAACGCCUCAUCCGCUUCGAAUCUACUGAUGGACGAACACUGCGGGGCGAGCCCAUUCUACCGUCACCAGAUUUCGACGUCGGAACCACGACUGAAGAGACGGGAUUGAAAGCCAAGGUUAUCAGCGUAGCCAACAACGAUAUCUUCGACCCCGCGACGAAAGUGACAGACGAGACCGUCACGGUGAAGAAGUUGCUGGGUCCCGUGACCACGGACGAAGUACCCAUCAUCAGAUGCAUUGGGCUGAACUUCAUCAAGCACAUCCAAGAAGGAGGCCGAACCCUCCCCCCCUUCCCCUCAACCUUCAUCAAAGCCAACACCUGCCUAGCCGACCACAACGCGCCCAUUGUAAUCCCCAAAAUCGCCCAGGACAACCAAGCCGACUACGAAGGCGAGCUCUGUUUCAUCAUCUCGCGCGACGCCAAGGACGUGUCCGAAGCCGAUGCCUACUCGUACGUAGGCGGCUACCUGUGCGGCAACGACGUCUCGUCGCGCAAGCUGCAGCGCGACCCCAAGCUCGCGGGCACCGUCCCGCAGUGGAACUUCUCUAAGGGGUUCGACACGUAUGCGCCGCUGGGCCCGCAGAUCGUCAGCACGGAUGUGAUUCCCGAUCCCGCGAAGCUGUGGCUGAAGACGAUUGUGAACGGGGACGUGCGGCAGAGCGAGACGAUUGAUGAUUUGUGCUUCAAGGUGCCGACGAUUGUGAGUUACUGCAGUCAGGGGACAACGCUGAAGAAGGGGACUGUGAUUAUGACGGGAACGCCGAGCGGUGUCGGGUAUGCGAUGAAGAACCCGCAGUUCUUGAAGCCGGAUGAUGUGGUCGAGGUGAAUGUCUCUGAGAUUGGGACGCUAAGGAACACGGUGGUAUAUGCGUAAGGAUGGAGUUCCCGUACCGCGUGGAAGAGCGGACAGCGUAACGGUUGGAUUGCAUUAUCCGUACGAAUCUGUGAAGAGGUGGAGAUAUACAUCCAUGAAGUCCGUUAGACUAUAUUCAUGAAUGAAGGCUUGGAAUCAAUC